AUGGCCGUCUUUGCCUCCGCUCGGGACGCGGAUGCCGGUGCGAGAGUGUUAGAAAUCAGGAAGGAGUUGGAGGCGGACUGCGGCCAUCUCUCCGCCUCGCAGGCGGACCUCCUCGCCCGCGCCCACUUCCUCGGCGGCGGCGGCGGCGUGGAGGAGUUGGAGGCAGACUGCGGCCAUAUCUCCGCCUCGCAGGCGGACCUCCUCGCCCGCGCCCACUUCCUCGGCGGCUGCGGCUGCGGCGAGGAGGAGGAGGAGGCCGAGGUGUUCAGCACGCCGCCUCUCACACAGCAGGACCCGCAGAGGCAGGGCCAAAGCCAGCGAGGUCAGGCGGGGGAGGGGGAGGACGGCAUCGCCAUGUGCUCCAUGCCCUUCACCCAGACCCAGCCUUCCUCCCCUUCUUCCGCUUCCUCCUCUUCCUCGGAUAGCCGGCCGCGGAAGCCGCGGAAGCCUAGGAUCUGGACUGCGACUGCGACUCCGACUCCGACUCCGAGCCCCAGCCCCGAACUCGACCCUCUUCGUCAGGAGCGUGCUCAUGGUCCCCACCGCUCCUCUUCCAACCACCAGUCAUAA